AUGGCAACGACCUUGGAUAACAGCAGCAAUACAGGGCUGAAUAAGCUGCUCCCCAAGUCAAUAUCCUCCAAGCGACUCCGAAGAAAACAAGAACGAGAAGCGUCAGGACUUUCGUAUGACGACGCUAGUGUUUUUGCCCAUUCACAAUCCAGUCGCGAAACUCUAGAAAGCGACGGCACUCGCUCUGGGCAUAUGGCAGGCGACGAGGACGAGAGUACAAGCCAAAGCCAUCAGUCCUUCGAAUCUGACGGGAACGAAUCGACCUCUGGGAAUAGCUCAAGUCCUGAACGUCGACCAGCUAGCGAACCCCAACCACCGGUCGAGACUCGCGACGAGCAACAGCCCACCAUAUCAGUGGACCCUGAAUCUGACCAGAACUUGCCCGUCCUCGAGCCACCAGCUACAGCCAAACUUGCUUCACCUGAAAAGCGAGCGAGAGUCCAACCCAAGGUUGACACGAAUAUACCCCCACGAACUCCUCCGAACGGUGACAAGCCUGCCCCUGUUAUAGUAAAUACACCACCAACACCUACCGAGUUCGCCAACAGAUCCGGCCAGUCGUCUCCUGAACGCAAGUCCUUCUGGGGUAGUCCGACAAGCAGUCCGGGCACAAAUGGCCGACCUUCCUCACAAAGCAUGAGCGCCAAUAGAAGGAGUCGAUCCAAUUCUGCAAACAUAGGCCCCAGUAAACUCUCCCACAUUGUCUCCGCCCCAUUAACACCGACUCAAGAAAGUGGUGAACCGACACCUAUUGCAAACCCAAACCCUUCAGGUGGUUUCUUCUCUUCUAUGAUAUCGGCUGCCCAGAACGCCGCAAACACAUUUAGCAACACCAGUCUGAACAUUGGCGGAAACAAAGGCCGGAGUGUGUCUCAAAACAUCCAGGAACAGUUUGAACCUAACGACGCCCAAGACGACGCCGAACCUACUCCUAUUUCAGAUAUGACAGACAAGAAGGAAAGCAAUAGAAAGUCCGCAGUGUCAACAAUUGGGGCUGGCGAACUGAGUCUCAGUCAACUUGGGCUUGCCGAAGCGCCCAGCCUUGUCGCAUCCCCAGUCAAUGCCAGGUUCCCUGAUGUAUCUGACACCCGGGCUCGAUCUGAAUCUGCUCCCGUUGAUUCUCCUAUCAGCCCUGUAGACUUUGUUCCGGAAGAGUCAUCGAGCCGACCGCGCUCACUUUAUGAGCCCGUGAGUCGUGAACGAACUCCCCCUCCUCCCGACUCCACAAACAAAGAAAACGGCGUUCAACGGACCUCAAGUCUUCGAAGUGCUCUCAGACAGAAUCAUAGGAAACGUGGAAGCUCAGUCACCACUGGCACUACCAUAGGUGCUGCGAUCGCUGCUGCCAAUAGUUCAUUGGCGCAUCCCAAUCUGAGCGCCCCUAAGCUCACAGGAUUUGCCAUUGCAAGCAAGAAGCGAAACCGUGACUUCCACGAUUUAUUUAAGAGUGUUCCAGAUGAUGACUAUCUUAUUGAAGACUAUAGCUGUGCCUUGCAACGAGAAAUUCUGGCGCACGGGCGCCUUUAUGUCUCAGAGGGCCAUCUCUGCUUCAGUAGCAACAUUUUUGGUUGGACCACAACCCUCGUUAUGAGCUUUGACGAGAUCGUGUCUGUCGAGAAGCGGAGCACUGCGCUUCUAUUCAAGAAUGGUCUCAUGAUUUCAACGCUGCACGCCAAGCACAUCUUUGCCAGCUUCACCAGCCGCGACGCCACAUACGACUUGAUUGUCAAUAUAUGGAAACUGGGGCACCCUACUCUUAAGAGUACGCUCAACGGUGUGAGGCUUGAGGGUACCGGUGGCGACAAAACGGAAAAGGAGGAUGCCGCCGAGCCUGCUGCAGAGGACGAGGUCCAAGAAGGCUCGGAAACUGAUGAUGAGAGCGAUGAUGAGGAGGAAUACUACGACGAGGACGUUCAUGAAGAGAUGCACAAUGCCAGCAUAGCUGCCGAGGCGAACGGGGCCGAUGCCGACGUUGAGAAGACUGCCUCAAGGAAAGCAUCAGGAGCAGCCCUCCCCAGCGGACCUGUUCCUGAAGAGGCACCGGCCGCGGCUGGAGGCGCUACAGACUUUCCGGGCCCAGCUACACAUGCGCCCACAGACUGUGGCGAUUCGGCAUCGCAUUAUGAAAGAGUGGUUGGCGACGACAUUAUCCCUGCACCUCUUGGUAAGGUUUACAACCUCAUGUUUGGCCCGGCGUCUGUUGCCUUUAUGUCAAAUUGGCUAUCAGGGGAGCAGAAGUGCUUGGAGUUGCAGUUGGACGACAAGAAGGGCUUGACCCUUGACAACCGGACUCGAACUUUUACAUAUAUCAAGCCGCUAUAUGCAUCAAUUGGACCGAAACAGACCAAGACCAUAACCUCAGAGACGUUAGAAGUUCUAGAUCUUGAGAAGUCGGUCAAUCUCUCAUGCUCGACUCAAACGCCAGACGUACCGAGCGGGAACGUGUUUGCUGUCAAAACCAAAUACUGUCUCUCUUGGGCCGAGAAUAACUCCACUAGAGUGCAGAUGAACUGUACGAUUGAAUGGUCUGGCAAGAGUUGGCUCAAAGGUCCAAUCGAAAAAGGUGCCACUGAUGGUCAAACUACCUAUGGCAAGGAUCUAUUUGCAGCUAUCAAGGCGGCAGUGUCUUCCAAGCCACAGGGCGCAACGGCACAGGGCCCUGGAGCUAAGGGAGGGAAGAAGAAGGGCAAGAAGGCCAAGCUGUCCCAGUCGAAUACAGGCGUUGUCGAGGUUAACUCUGCACCCAAACGUCCCGUUCAAAAGGAUUGGGGCGUUCUUGAACCAGUGCGGGGAAUUUUGGAGCCAAUUGGCGAUAUAAUUCAACCUCUUCUCACUGGCAACGUUAUGUAUGGACUCUUGGUAGGCUUGCUGGUUGCCACGUGGUUUGGCUUCGGUUUCACUCCCAGCAGAAAUGCUUCUUACAGCCGCGAACUAGGGGGUAUCUACCGUCCUGAUAGGAUUGCGGCUUAUGAAGAGAUGUGGCGACGUGAGGACAGCGAGCUGUGGGAUUGGCUGGAAGAGCGAGUCGGAAUGGAUCGCCUGCACAGCGAUAACGCUGGUGUGCGUAGGAGAGCUAUGGAGCCAAAGACAGUUCAAGAGAACUUGCGCACAACUCGCAUGGGUGAGAGGGAAGUGGAAGAGGCAAUCCGAGUCACCGAGGAAAAGUUGCGAGUGUUGAAGGGAGUCAUUGAGAAGAAGAGCAAACCUAACAAAUCGACCAGUGACGGAGUAGGGUCGCAAGAACUAUAG